AUGCUGACGGGGCUUGUUUUGUCCCUUGCCCUCGCUAGCUUGGAGCUGCGCGCUUCAGCAGCGUCCACUAUCACAACGGCGGCGGAGUUCAGCGCCAUACGUGACAAUCUUGCUGGCAGUUACAUACUUGGCGCGGACAUCACCCUGGAUCCAUCCUAUGAGCCUAUCUCUGGUUUCACCGGAACCUUGGAUGGUGCCAACUAUAAGCUCACUAUUAGUGGGCAAACUGGAUCAUCUGGCGUCUUCGGAGACCAGUUCUCUGGAUCUGUGCGCAACUUGAGGCUGAACUACGCCGCCACUAUGUCCAGCCCUCUGACGAAUCCGGUUGGUGCACUGAUUGGUGUCACUACUGGGUCCGCUACAGUCGAAUCCGUCUUUGUCGAGGGAACGAUGACCCUGAGCGGUACGGGAGAUGCAACUAUUACCGUUGGGGGCGUGAUAGGGUCUGCUACCGAGACCACUACUCUACGCAACAUCACCUCAACGGUCUCGAUCGCGUGUACUGGAGGGUCUCAUUCAAUUGGUGGGGUUGUUGGCACCUCCUCUGUUGGCUGCGCAAAGUGCUUCUUCGGAGGAAGCAUUUCAGCCACGGCUGCCGAGGCAUCUGUCAUCGGCGGUGUGUUUGGGACUGCCGGGGGCGUUUCUCUGACAAACUCUGCCAUGUACAAAGGCUCUCUGUCUGCUACCUCUGUUUCCACCAGCCAGGCAUCUGCUCUUGGCGCACUUGUUGGAAAUAUAACCGCUGCUGACUUUACCCUCUGCGAAUGCUAUGCAGAGUUCACUAGUCUCUCUCUGACAUCCAGCUCUGUGGCCUAUUUGGGCGGUCUCAUUGGAAGCUUUUCGUCGGCAACUUCUAAGGACACAGUGACUAUCAGCGAUUCGUAUGUGAAUGGAGGCACUCAAACGCUCACUGCGACAGGCAGCUUUUCGACGUCUGCAGGGCUUCUGGGGUACUCUGCCAGCGGAAAGGUCACAGUUAGGUCAAGCUACGUCAACCUUACCAAGUUCGCCAUGUCAGGAUCUUCUCAAAUCAAUGCAACUCUAUCUGUGGGGACUGCAAACACAAACACAGGCCUCACUCUAGAAAAUUGCCAUCUCAAGGCUCAAACUGUCGGACUGUCCGGGGGUACAAGCAAGUCGUCCUUCGCCCCUAUUGCUAAUGUUGUUAACGUCCAGGCUAAAGGAAUCAGCAUCUUAGAGGUGGAGUCUCGUCUUGGUGCUCUCGUACUUACUGAUUUCAAAGGAUUGGUGUCUCUAGUUGUCGGUAGGUUUGUGACCACGACGGGCGGGAAGAUGCAAGACUGCUUUGCAUCCUUGGAUAGCUGCACUCUCGGAUCCAGUUCCAGCAAGGUUGCCCUCUUCUACACCUAUACCGCCGCAAAUGCGGUGUCAUCAUACAUCAUUGCAAACGUGACUUGCGCGGAAAUUACCAAAGCAUUCAGCAGCCAGAAGAGCGACGCCGGCAUAAGCCAUAAUUACUUCAACUCUAAUGCGGCCUGUGUCGCGACCGUGGCAGAUAAGUACAUUGGCCUAACCGAUAGUACGAUGAAGCAGUCGGCGUCAUAUCCCGGGAUUGAUCUGGGCACUUGGAAUAUUGACGGCUCGCAUUAUCCUCAUCUGAAGCGUACUCCUCACUACCGGGAUGGGGCCUACACCCUUGACGACCGGAGCAAAUGGGCUGUGGACGUGUGGGAGAUUGGCCAGGGCAUGCGGCUGAAGCGAACAACCCCGCCGUCCUCCUGCAAUUCUGCAAAUUUGCAUUGUGACAGAACUCAGUAUGUAGAUCUAUUUUCCUGCCAGUGCGUUGUGGGGUGUCCAAACCUCAUCAACGGUCAGUGUAUUGGACCAGAUGAGGCUAGAUGUGAUCCGGGCUUCAAGCUCGAUGAUGCCAAGAACUGCACUCUUUAUUCUUGUGUCACUGCAACCGAAGAGUGCCGACUCAGUGACGGGUCUUCUGGUGCUACCUGCAACGUUGAGUUUGACACCUGUGUUUGCAGUGAUGUCACUAAGUACUACGAUCAUACUAACAAGAUGUGCGUGGAUGGCUGCACAGGCUUGGUUGGUGGUAUUUGCAUUGGGCAGAAUACUGCCACGUGUUACCCUGGUUGGGUUGCAGAUGGAAACUCUCUUUGUGCUAAGUACGAUUGCUCAACCCUACCAGAGGGAGACUCGACCAUCUGCGGUGGCCCUUCCAUUGCAACCUGUGACUUUACCUCGAAGCUCUGUGUUUGCGAGGACAAGCGGCAGUAUUACGACCCGUCGCUAGCAAAUCCGGGAUGCAAGUCGGGGUGCUCGGGCGGUGUCCAGUACGGGGUCUGUUCCGGAAGCGGGCAGGCGGUUUGCAUUGAGCACGUUACUUCCGUUGCAGGCGCUACAGCCGGGGACCUUCUUUGCACCGAAUACAGCUGUGACACCAUAAGUUGUGGUGCACAGGCAGAGUGUGAUUCCGAGCUCAAGGUCUGUCGCUGCCCUCUGAGCUCUCAGUACUACAACCUUAAAUCGCACGCUUGCGUUGAGGGCUGUCUAAGCCUGGCCGAAGGUGUCUGUGUUGGCCAGAACCGUGCCAAAUGCAGACCGGGAUAUGGAUCUCACAACGGCGUACUCUGCGGAGCAUAUUCUUGUGCAAACGACAACUCCAAUAGGAAGUGUGGCGGUCUUGGCACGUGCGAGGGCGGACAAUGCGUUUGCAGUCAAGGAGCCGUUCUCUUCCGAGGGACGUGUAGGGAAGGCCUCUGCAAAAAUGGAAACGUGGUCAAUGGUGUCUGCCAAUGCUUGGAUGGCUGGUCCAGCCCUGCCACAGAGGACCAGAUAGAAGCGUCGGGAUAUUGUAGCGUUUACACAUGCCCUCCAGACGGAACGUUGAUUGAACUAGCCACGCCCGGGAGCCUUUUGGCCAUUAGAGCGUGUCCGAGUCACGGCUUCAGGCUGACAAGCGAUAUUGAUGCCCGUAGCUACGAAUGGGAAGGGGUUGACUUCUCUGGCACCCUUGAUGGAAAUAAUCAUGCAAUUAGUGGAAUAAACCUGCGGGUCUCCAGCUUGGGCUCUGAGUACAGUGCGUCCUUCUUUAAGCAUCUAACUGGCCAAGUGCGCAACAUAAGGCUAGUUUUCGCCAGCUCCCCGGAUGCAAGCGCCAUAGGGCAGGACAGCGUAUGCAAGUUUGGCUUGCUGUCCAUCUCGGCCGAUGCGUCAGCUGUUUUGGAGAAUGUGGCCAUCUCGGGUAGUUUAUCUCUGCAAGUUCCGGCGAGCGUCGCUGCCGAGGUUGGCGGUGUCUUCCACACGUGCCCCUCUGCUCCGACUGCGGUGUCAAAUAGCGUGGCGAUGACCUGCAGUGGCGCAAACUGCACCAUGGGCGGGUACUGUCACACCGUCUCUGCUCCCCUAACCGGUGGUACCUCAACGGCAACCCUGAGGUGUCAGGCAACUGAUGGGACUGUUUGCAUUGCAGGAGGGUUUGCUUACGUUGUGCGCGCGCCUAUCUCCAAUAUUCUUUCUGCGGCUACGAUCUCACUGGUGCCAGCGGCUGAUAUCGCAGUGCAAUCUGCUAGAGUAUCUGCUGGAGGAAUCGCGGCUGUUCUUAGCGAGGGUGCUUCUGCCUCCGAUUGUCAGUUUUCAGGAUGCAUCGCCAGGGAGCAGGGGAGCUUGAAUCCUGCCCUAGUCGUGCAUUCCGGGGGAGCUUUCUACAUGGUGAGUGGCACAGCUGCAGCCAAAACCGUCAUUGAGAGGUGCACUGUAACGAGCAAUGAGCUCUCUGGCAUAGAGAUGGCCGGCUUUGCUGGCAAUCUUAUCCACGCCACUGUGCGGGAUUGUAGUGCAAUCGUAACGAAGAUUGACGGACUCCAAGGUGUAUCUGGCUUUGCACAGUAUGUUAAUGACAGUGUUAUAGAAAGGUCAUUUGUGAAGGCGAACGCUUCUGUCACGGCUGAAGGCCAGAAGAAGUGGAUAGUUGGUGGGUUCUGCGGUCUGGUUGCCAAUUCACAGAUCCUCAAUACAUACGCAGAGCUCGGCAACUUCUCGUCUCGUAAUACUCCUGCAGGCUCAUCUGUUGGCGGAUUUGUUGGAAGAGUUGAGAACUCCGUAAUAAGAGAUUCGUUUGUCAGAGCCACUCUUCUGGAGGCAGUGUCUGGGAUGUCUGGUACUUCGCAGUGGACUUUCGGUGGUUUUGCCGGCUUUGUGGACCACGUAAGCGCAGGGCCUAUGGAGAUACAGCGCUGCUUCGGUGACAUAGCCAACCUUUCGAUGUCCACCGCCGUUUCUGUCUACUUUGGCGCUUUCGGUGGUCAAAUCCGCAAGAAGUCUUCUUCCAAGGCGGUCACCUCGAAGACAAUAUCCAACGUGUGGAUCAAUGCAAAUGUUGAGUGCACGUUUGUGGUCCCGAAAGAUACCAGCAAGGCGCCUUCCAACGGCGUGGGGAUGUUUGCAGGGAAAAUGUAUAACGGAGUGGCGCUAUCCCUAGCGAUGAUCAAUGGCAGUCUCACGUGCCGUGGAGCUAAUCCUCCCUCUAUGGCAUCAAGCCUGUAUCACAUAGGCCUCUUCAAUGGGGCUAAGACAAGUGACAGCUCCACAUCUGCGGAGUUCGUCAUCAUUAACGUGACCGCUGGAGACAUUCCUGGCAUUGGGCUGAAGGGAGAGCCAGAAGACAAGCUUAUCUGUCUCACAUGCUUCGCAAACGGGGAUCUGCUCACCCCAGUCGCUCCUUCCUCCAUUGCUGUUGAUCCCGACCCCAAUUUGAAGACGGCGGAAGAAUUGCGUAAGCUAUCUACCUAUACUGGAUUUGGUAUUGGCAUUAGCGAAAGCAAGUGGACCAAGUCCCCCGGAGAGUUUCCUUUUCUGAACAGUCUGCCGGUCAAGGUUCUCAUCGACGACCAGGACAAGUACAUUUACCCUACGUGCACGCAGGACUGCUGGGAUUACACCUCCUUCUGGGUCCUGUCUUCAUCUGGACCGACAACCGAUAAUAAUAAGAACAGCUGUGCAGAUAUAGAGAAUUGCAUGGUGUACUCUAGCGACUGUACCUGUUCUCAGUGUAAUCUGAAGUACUAUCCUAGCGGAAGCGAGUGCUUGGCGUGUUCGACCGGUUGUCAGACAUGCCGUUCCACCGACUUUUGCGAAAUCUGUGAGGAUGGCCAGGUGAGCAAUGGAGCAGGCGUCUGCAUAGCUCCUUCGUGCGACUUCCGUUAUUGUCAGACAUGCAGUAAUGACGGCGCUACGUGUGAAACUUGCAGUAUAAGGGCAUUCAAGGCAAGCACUGGACAAUGUGAAAGGUGCAGCGAAGGGUGCAAGCAGUGCACGGACUCCACAGUGUGUGCAACGUGUGGUGAUGACAACUACAAGCCUGAUCCUGAGAACAACGUGUGUGUCUGCAAGGACGGCUUCUAUUCCUCGGAAAGGAAAUGCUUGCAAUGCAAUAGGGCGUGCCAGACAUGCACAGGCGGCACUGAGAGAGAUUGCAUAGCCUGCAGUGAAGGAUGGGUCCGCGACGAUGCCACAAGCACCUGUACCCCGCAAUGCGCAGAAAUAUCAGGAUGUCUUCUGUGUCCAAGUCCGCCUGCGUGCGGGACAUGUCUCAGCGACUACGAUCUAGUGGAUGGAAGCUGUAUCUUGAGAGGCUCGUGCAGGGUUGAUAAUUGUCUGACUUGCGUUGCCGGAAACGUGAAUAGUUGCGCUUCUUGCAGGGAUGGCUUCUAUGGUUCGAAUUGUGCUGCGUGCCCCGAACGAUGUGCUGCAUGUGUCAGUGCUGAGCGCUGCACUGCGUGCAAGAGUGGUUAUGUUCUGUCACCUGGAGAGCAGUGCGUUUCCUGCUCCAUAAGUAACUGUGGUCAAUGCUCAUCCGACAACUUCUGCUUCAGCUGCAACGAUGGAUACUACCUUAAUGCAGGAGCGUGCCCCCCGUGCAAUGUACCCUGCAAGACCUGCGUCAACAGUGCCGACAAGUGCACAUCUUGUCAAAGUGGUUACGAGCUCAGCGUCAAUACGUGCAUCUCGACCACUGCAUGCGAUGUGGAGAACUGCCGCUCUUGUAUCAGCGCCGGAGUCUGUGGGAGGUGCAACACGGGAUACUAUCUGAGCGGAUCUCGCUGUAGUCGGUGCAACUCCAUGUGUAGAGAGUGCUUUGGGCCGAACACAUGCACAGAGUGCGCUGCAGCUAACGCAAUCCCAGACGAAGAUGGAAUAUGCGUCUCGACCGUGUGCAACGUUAGCAAUUGUCUGCGUUGUGACCUAGUCACGUUGCGUAUAUGCACUAUGUGCGAUAGUGGGUAUACUCUUAGCAGUGGCAACACGUGUGAGCCCAACGCACCUCCCGCGAACAAGACUAGCGGGGUCGCUGUUGGUGUGUCUGUUUUCGUGGUCAUUGUAGUCAUUGCUGUUAUCGUCAUUAUUGUCGUUUUUCUUAAAAAGGGAAUUAUUAAGGGCAGGAAGCCCAAGCACAACCUUGGUAUAAGUAGCAGACACAGCAACUCGAUGCUGAGCUACGACAACCUCAAUGAAAGCGUGAGCGCCCCGCUGUUGUAA